GACAUUUGUGAGCCCAUGAAAUCCUCAAAACUGAAAGAGAGUGGGAGAUCACAAGACAAGCAUAAAAAAGCACAAGAAACACAAACCCCACGAAACUACCAAAGAGGGGUCCCCUUUUGUGUGACUGUGUGUUUGUGUGUGCGUGUAUUGUCAAAUCUCAAAGUUUACUGAAUAAUACUCCCCUUUUCUUUUCAACCCGCUUCAUGAUUUCAGGGUCUUUUCCCAAUCCCUGCACCGUUUGCUGCUACUGCUGUUGAUUCUUCUCCUUCUCGAAGAGAGAGAGAGAGAGAAUGGUCCUGAAUUUCAAGUGGUUGUAACACUUUUGAGGGCGAGAGGCUAUGGAAGACGACAUAUUUUCUGGCCUUGCCAACGGGCAGCAGAUCGAGAGCAAGGUUGUUCAAACGUUUCAGAAAAGUUUUUUACAAGUCCAAAACAUACUGGACCAGAAUAGGGUGUUGAUCAGUGAGAUCAACCAGAAUCACGAGUCAAAGAUCCCGGAUAAUCUGUCGCGUAACGUGGGGCUGAUUCGGGAGCUCAACAACAACAUCAGGAGGGUGGUUGAUCUGUACACUGAUCUGUCCAACUCCUUCACCAAAUCCAUGGAGGCGUCCUCGGAGGGUGAUUCAGCCGGGGCGACGAAAUCUGAUGGAAGAGGUGGGCAGAAGAGAGUAAGAUCUGGUAAUUGAGUUUAAAUAGUUGGGGGUUUCCAUCUAAUUCUUGAGGUGAUACAAUCUGGUUAGUGUAACUUGAUUUCUUGGAAUUUUUUCUUGAUCUUUAGCUAGAAUGAGCAUUUUUCUUGAGAUAAAGAACUGUGGAUACAUAAGAGCUAUCUAUUGUGGUAGUUUGGUGUAAAUCUUGCAAUUGUAAUAUCAUCAUGGACAUUAACUGCCUAUACAUUUUCAAAGCAAAAAUCAGUCACAAUCUUUUCUUCCUUUGGAAA